AUGUUCAGUCAAAUCUUUAAAGGGACGGGCCUUAAACUUAAGUCUGAGAAGCUGGACAUUCAGCCCCCUAAAGACCUUCUGCUGCAGCUGGUCUCUCUACAGAAGGCAUCCGGCUUCUGGCAACUUGAUGCAGAUCUGGCCGCUGUGUUUGGAAAGACCAAAAAGGAAGUGAAGAAGUCAGAGCCAAAAUCGGUCAACAAUGAGGUGUGGGCCUCCAUUCUGGCUCUGAUAUGGCUUCAUGGGUUCAAGAUGGAUGCCAAAGAGGAGUGGGAGCUUCUCACAAUGAAGACUGCCACAUGGAUAAAGGCUCAGAAUGGUAAUACAGAUAACCAGCAGGAAAUUGCUGUUGUCAUUGGUGUGUUAAAAAAAACUGUCUUGGAAGAGAAGGAUUAG